UUGUCAGAUCAUUCACUAAAAUAAAAUUUAAAGAAAUAACAAAAGAAAUAAUAUCUUUUUCUUUAAAAAUUAAACAUUUCCCUCUUUCACACGGAAAUGACGUCGUAAUACUACUAAGUUCCUCCUUCGUUGAACCAACUUUCUUUUUUUUUUUGGAAUUUGGAGUUCAGGUUUGGAUCUAAGAAGAAAGGAUUUGGUGGUGAUUUUUAUGGUGUCUUUGAUCAGUUUUUAGAGACCGAUAAUGGUGAUGAAGGAGAGAGACGAAGAACUAGCUUUGUUCCUGGAAAUGCGGAGACGAGAGAAGGAGAAAGAGAAAAGCAACAAUCUUCUCUCCGUUCACAAAUCUGAACAACAACUCAAUGUUCCUUUAGGAUCUAACGUCAACGUAAACGGAAACGGAAACGUCGGUGGCGGAGGUUCUCCGGUAUCGAAGAUCUUCUCGGCCUUGCCUGUACGAAAGACUGCAGCAGAUAAUUUUUUGAAUUCGGAGAACGAAAAGUCUGAUUAUGAUUGGCUUCUUACUCCACCUGGUACACCACUAUUUCCCUCUUUGGAAAUGGAAUCACAGAAGACUCUAAUGAGCCAGAUUGGGAUGUCUAAUGCUCGUCCAGUUUCACUGAAAACAAGGCUGGCAAAUCUCCCGGAGGAACCUGCUUUGAAGAGCACCCUUGCCUUAAAGCAACAAGCUCCGUCAGCCGGAGUAAUCUCUUCCAGUACUCUAAAUAGAAGGCCAUCCUCUUCCGGGGGUUCAAAAUCUGCUAGUAGACCUGCAACACCUACUGGUCGGCCCACUCUUCCCACGACAACCAAGCCUUCAAGGUCUUCUACUCCUACAUCACGAGCCAACUUGCCUUCCGUAAAGCCUGCUGCUUCUACAGCAAGAUCCUCAACUCCAACUAGAUCUGCUCCACGUUCUUUGACGCCAACUGCUAGACCCUCUUUGCCUGCUUCCAAGUCGACAUCAAGAUCAUCUACGCCAACACGUCGAUCAGCUUCCUCAUCUAGCACGCCUAUUGCAUCUGCGCCUUCUGGUCGAUCCUCUUCAGUAACAAGAUCAGCUCCCACUGCAUCUUCAAUACCAAAAUCAGCUUCCCUUACUUCUUCACUUAUGAAAUCAGCUCCUGCUACAUCUUCUGUUACAAAAUCAGGUACUGCUGCGUCUUCCAUAAGAAAACCAUCAACUGCCACUACAUCAAAAAGCACAGUACAAUCACGGGGCACAUCUCCAACCGUGAAGUCUAGGCCAUGGAAACCAUCUGAGAUGCCUGGAUUUUCGCUUGAAACACCACCAAAUUUAAGGACGUCAUUGCCAGAAAGACCGGUAUCAGCCUCACGGGGGAGGCCAGCAGCACCCGGUGCCAGAUCAUCUUCUGUUGAGGCCAAUUCUAGUGGAAGACCAAGACGCCAGUCCUGCUCGCCUGCUAGAAGUAGGGCAUCAAGUGGCAGUUUUGGUAAUGGGAGCUCCAUUCGUUCUGUGCGUAGAGCAGAUGCCAAUGGCAGUGACAACGAAAGUCCAGUAGUGAUUGGGACAAAGAUGGUUGAGAGAGUGGUAAAUAUGAGGAAACUGGUACCCCCAAAACAAGAUGACAAUCAUCGAAACAACCCUACCGCAAAAUUAUCUUCUUCUCUCGAUAGCUCAGGAUUCGGGAGAACACUCUCCAAAAAGUCUCUGGAUAUGGCUAUGAGACACAUGGAUAUCAGGCGAAGUAUUUCAGGUCAGCAGCGUCCGCUUAUGACAAAUGUUCCAGCUUCCUCCAUAUAUAGUGUGAGAUCGGGAUCCACAAAGAGCAGGACUUUAAGUGUUUGUGAUUCUCCUCUUGCCACGAGCAGCACUGCCAGCUCCGAGCCAAGUGUCAACAAUAAUUCAUUCUUUAUGGAUGGGAGUGAAAUGGAAGACAAUGAUAUCAGUAGCGAGAGAGGAAUCUCCUCUCCGACCAGCCAACAUGUUAGCUGACCAAGGGAAACACUUCCAUCCAAAUUAAUAUAUGUGGGGGGAAGCUCAGUCAGCAUGAUGAUGAAGAAACAACCUGUUUCUUAAAGAAGCUGAUGGUUAAUGGAGCAUUUCAAAUUUAUGUAAUCUGUUAGUGCAGGGGUGGUACUUCAGUACAUUGAUGUAAGAAUGAGCUUAGAAUUUGAGGGGGGAAAAAAGAACAACUAUUUUAUAGUAAAACAUUGAUUCCUGGUAUUAGAUAUGCUGCUCCUACCUUGCUCAAGGUAUAAAAAGGAAUUAUUCUCCCAACUCAUAACUUAAAAUCUUUUCCCAAUUGGAUCAUCCAACUAAUUGUCUGUGUUUUAUGAUCAAUGGAAGUUUUACUAUAAAAAAGUAUGGACUUCCAUUCA